AUCAUUGAAGUUUAUAAGUGAGAAUGUAAUGAAAUGUAACAAAAAAUUUGUGCCCUCUAAUGACGACUUAAUUUUUCUUGAAACUAAUGUUUACAUGGUUUUCGACUAUUUCAAACAUGAUGAAACAUAAGUUACCGGAGAAUUGGAGUAUACGAAAUUCAAAGAGAUAUCCGCAUAGAAUAUAUUAUUUUAAUGAAAAAACAAAGCAAUCAUUUUGGGAUUUCCCAACAGAAGAUCAGACAGAACAAGUUGAAAAGAAAUUAGGUCGAUCUGCUAAAAAACGUAAACAAUCACAAAAGAUGAACUUACAAAAUGAUAAAGAUAAUGAAGCGCAGUUUACUGUUUCUGAAAGAAAUCCAUCUGAAGGGAGUGCAUCUGAAAAAGAAAUCACAAGAAGAAAUAUACUUACUGCUAAACGUUUCCAUAGGCAAACGCAAACUAAAGCUAAUGAAGGAAAGGAAACACCUCAAAUGAAAGAAAUUCGUCAGAAAAUGUUAAAAAAGAAGGAAAAAAUUAUUCCUAGGAGUCCUCAGAGUUCCAAAUCAACUAAAGAUGUUUCAAAAUCACCACCUUCAAGGCUUGGCAAAAAUAGUCCACUGUUGCAAAAAACUGAUGUUUAUACAUAUUCAAAAGAAUCUUAUACGCCACAAAUGCAAAUACUUUUAGAAAAAAGGCAGGAAAGGACAUCAAAAAGUAGUCCUAAAAAAAAGAUAGAGGAAGACAGAAGCAAUGCGAUAGAUAAAGGAAAAAAUCCAAUUAAGACACGGUUAAGAAAUCAAAAUGUAUCUAAGCAAAAAAGUGUUUCAGAGGUUUCAUCUCCUUCAGAAAGCAGAAGCCAGAAAGAAGUACAAAAAAGUCCAAAAGUUGGUAAAAGAAAAAACAGCAAUGCGGAUGAAGAUAUUCCAAAAGUGCAAGGUCGAAAGUCUAUGAAAACAAAUUUAGGAAAAGAACGUAUGGAAAGAUUGAAAACAAGCCUAUCAUCACAGCAGUGUGAUGAUAAUCUGAGUCAUAAUAGUCCUACAAGUUCUACUCCUGCAAAGAAAUUCAACAUGCCAUGCAUUUUUAAAAAUACAGAAGUUAGAUUGGAACGUUUGGAGGAGACAUAUGUAAAUAAUAAGAUUGCUAAUAAUAAAAGUGUAUAUACUCGUGAGGUAAAGGGAGCAGCAAAUGCAUCUAAAAAUCCAAUAACAACUGUAAAUGAUAUAGUAAAAUGGACCUAUGAAGAUUCUGUUUGUGAAGAAAUGCCCAUGCCAAGUGUUUAUAAAGACACAGAAGUUAGAUUGGAACGCUUGAGGGAGAGAUGUUCGAAUGAUAAGAUUGCCACUAAUACAAAUUUAAGUACUCCCAAAGUAAAAGAAACAACAAAUGCAUCUAAAAAUUCAAUAACAACUUCAAAUGCUCUAGUAAAGUCAGCCUAUGAAGAUGCUUUUUGUGAGGAAAUGGACUGGGAGCCAUUGGAAGAUGAAAAGAUUAUGUUUGAAGUUCAAGCUGUUAGAACCCAACUUUGUACAGAAAACAAUGUAAAUACAACUUGCAAUAUCCCUAGUAAUACUUCGAAAUAUCCCUUAUUAUCAGAGCAACAAGCAAAAAGGCAUUUGUAUUUUGUUGUUGAUACAAAUGUUUUUUUAUCAAAUAUUGAUGCUGUUGAACUGGCAAGGGAAGCUAUUUUUAAAACUUAUGAUCAUUCAAUAAUUAUAAUACCAUGGACUGUUAUACGUGAGCUUGAUUAUAUUAAAGACGAUAAUGGUAAAUCAAAACCAAUAUCAUUAUGUUUCAAUGCAAGGAAAGCUAUAAAUUACAUUAAUAAACUUUUCUCUUCUAAACAAUCUCACGUAAUUGGUCAAACACCAGAAGAUGUUGCAAAAAAUAAAGAAAGAUUUUCUAUCGACUGUCCAGAUGAUGAAAUUCUACAGACUUGUUUACAAAUUCGUGAUUUAGGGAAAUCCGUGGUAUUAUUAUCUUAUGACAUAAAUCUUUGUAAUAAAGCAAUGAUUUAUGAUAUUGUGACACUUGGAAGAAAUGAUCCCCUUGAAAAAGUCGACUAUCUUAAUGCUACCAAUGUAAAUAAACUAUUAUCUAAUUCUAAUAAUGGAAAUCGAGAAAGUUUCAGUUUGAAUUCUACAUCAAUUAUGUGUGAGGAAUUGCAGUUAUUAGAUGAAAUAUAUGAGGACAUAAAAAGUGUUAUAAGAGACUUUCUAACAGUGAUAGUCAGUAAAGAAAUGUAUGGUUUAUAUGGAUCAUCUUGGGAAAAAUAUGUUAUUAUAAAACCACCUUGGACAACUGUGACUGUUUUACAGUGUGCUGUAAAACAUUGGAUAGCUGCUACAAGUGAAUCAUUUCGAAGAGCAGCAGAAUAUAUUUUGAAAGAAUUAUUACAGAUAUUUAAAGAUAUAUCUGGCCCAAAGACUUUGAAGGAAAAUAGUUAUAUCUUGGACAAAUUUAAUGAUCUGGUACAAAUGGUUAAUAUAGAUAAACAUUCAGCUUUAAUGUUACGAAUAUUUAAAAAAAUUGAUGAGUUAAAAGACAAAUGUCGUGAAUAUGAAUCUCAAGUAAAUAAUCAGAAACUAUGUAAUGCAAUCGGAGUUGAAAAUAAUGUCGAGCAACAAGAACGAAGAGCACAGAAAGCUUUUCAAUAUUUCGAAGCUGCAUAUGUUUACGCUCGAGAUAUGGCUGGUAUAACAGCCAAAACAAUAGGAAUGCCUUGCACUUUGCAUUACAAUGUUCCUAAUCCAGUUCCAUCUAUAGAAUUUAUGAAAAAAACAAUACCAGAAAUUGCUGCGAAUGUAAAUAAAUUAGAAUGCAAUCUAAGCGCUGUAAUAGAACAAGCCAAAAAUUCUUGUACGGACUAUCGAACACUAAUACAUUUAUAUCAGACAUUGAUAACGUUUCUUCCUGAGAAUGCAUUAAUAGCAUUUAAGUUAAACGAUGUUAAAAUAGAGCCUCUUGAUGUAUACUGUUGCGUGAAGCGGAAGGAGGAUGUACUGGAUAGAGGUCUACAUCAGCUUCAAGAACUCAAUAUUCAUUUUAGUAGAUUAGCGAACUACUGAUGUACAUAGUAUGUAUAUUUAUGUACAUGUACAUGCAUAUUUAUAAAUCGACUAAAAUUCUUCUGAAUUCAGCUACAUCCGUUUUACAUAAUGUAUAUAUACAAGUUUGUGUUCAAUUCAGUGGUUUAGAUAUCACAUAUGUAUAACAUAAUGUAAUACGAUGUUUGUACGAUGAAUGGUGUUUUUUCACGUAAAGUAUUAACACCACAAACACUUUUACUAAUAUUUCUAUAUUAUAAUACAAAAAGUAACUUUCGUACAAGGUGGAAAAUAAAAAUGCACAGCCAGAAUA